AUGGGUGGUGAACUAGCGAAAGAAUAUGUCGAUAUCCCAGUCAACACAUCUUCGCUAGGUGCCGGCACAAGAUCGGAUUACAUGUCAUGGACUCAAGGUGGCAAUCCCGCAGCUUUUGCAGCAGAUCGUGAUCCCUUAACGGGUGUAUUCCCAGGAGAUUUUGAUGGGUACAUUCAUACAAAUAAGGAUAAGAUGGACAUUGAUGAUGAGACUGGGUAUUUCUCGUUAGAGCACAUGCUCGAAUUUUCCAAACUCGCCGUAGCAUUCGCCGUCGAACAAGCCGGCUGGUCUGACAAGCAUACACGGGGCGAUGACAAUAAGAAGCUUGCAUGGUAG